UGUCCCCGACCACCAACGACACCUUGUCCCCGACCACCACUCACACCUUGUCCCCGACCACCACUCACACCUUGUCCCCGACCACCACUGACAUGUCGUCCCCGACCGCCACUGACACCACGUCCCUGACCACCGCUGGCACCUCAUCCUUCACCAGCAGCCCCGCCAGCCACAGCGCCAGGACCACCACCAGCGCCACUAACCACAGUGUGGAGCCCGUCACCUCCUCCAAUCAUAAGACUUCUCCCCAGUUGUCCAUUAGGAUCUCCUUUUUCUUCCUGUCCUUUUCCAUUUCGAACCUUCAGUUUAACUCUUGUCUGGAAGAUCCCAACACCGGCUACUACCAGGAGCUGCAGAGAAACGUUUCUGAGUGGUUUUUGCAGGUUUAUAAUCAGGAAGAUUUUCUGGGCUUCUCCAACAUCAAGUUCAGGCCAGGAUCUGUGGUGGUAGAAUGCACCCUGGCCUUCCGACAGGGCACCACCGAUGCCCUCAACGUGAGGACACGGCUUGACGAGCACAGAGCAGAAGCAGCCAGAUACGACAUGUCCAUCUCGAGUAUCCGUGUACGUGACGCGUCAUUUCCUUCCGCUGCUGGGUCCGGGUCUGGGGUACCCGGCUGGGGCAUCGCCCUGCUAGUGCUGGUGUGUGUCCUGCUGGCACUGGCCAUCGUCUAUCUCGUUGUCCUGACCGUGUGUCAGUGCCGCCGGAAGAACUGUGGGCAGCUGGACCUCUUUCCGCCCCGCGAUGCCUAUCACCCUAUGAGCGAGUACCCCACCUACCACACCCACGGGCGCUACAUCCCCCCUGGGAGUACCAGACGCAGCCCCUAUGAGGAGGUCUCCGCGGGCAACGGCGGCGGCAGCCUCGCUUACACGAACCUGGCGGCCACCUCUGCCGACCUGUAGGGCGUGUUGCCUGCCUGCGUCCAGCUGGUGCCAGCUGCCUCCCCCGGGCUCCUUGCUGCCAGGCCUCUCCUCUCAGCUCCGUCCCGGGCUGGUGAGCUGGCAGUUCAGCUUGGGCCACUCACAGGCCCCACCACGUCCCCUCACCGGCCUCGGCCCUGCCGAAACCCACUGGAGCCCCUUGGGGACAAGCCUGGGACAGUGGCUCCCAGGAAAACAGGCCCAGAGAGCCCUGAGAGGGAAGUUAGCCCCAGAAUGUGGCUGAAUAAAACGUGGACCCCCUCUGUGCUGCCACCUUGGGAUCUGUCGUCUG